AGCGUCGGCCGCCUCUGCCCAUUCUAACACUCACUCAGCCAGCAACCGCACACCCUCCUCGCAAAUGGUCUUCCAAUUACCCAGCGUUCAUGAGAACGCGACCGGGUGGGGCCCCCCCGCCACGGCAGACAAGACCCUGUUGCCAGAAUUCUUGCGCGACUUGCCACUUCAGCCCUACACGAAGUCGGAGCGAUCCAGUCGCAUAUCCGACUGGACCACCGCGUCCUCUGCCCACGGAUCAGAGGAAGAGGCGGAGUUUCAGCUGGUGGACCACAAGGCGCCCAACAGAAAGCCCCUGACGAGGUUCCGUCGACAGAUAUAUAACAGGCCCCGCGUUGGCCCCGGCCAGUCGCGCACUGGAUACUCUGGCCAGCACAACUCCAAUCUGAACCGCAAUCGCGGAAACGCUGGAAACAAGGGCAUGCGCCACGUCGGCAGGCGAUACGCGAACGACCACCGCCGCUACGAGCCGUCGAUUAGCAUCAACCCCGAAUGGGGCGAUCCGAUCGAGUUGUUCGAAUUUGUCAAAUUGCAGAAAAUCCCAAUUGGCAAUUGCAUGUUUCCGACCAACUGCACGACUCUCCUGGAUUGCGGACAAGUGGGCUACUUCAACACCGAUCUCUUGAAGAGGGUGACUACCAAGAGCGAACUGGCGCUGAAGCGCGAGUACGCGAGAGAGAUGACGUUCUUGAAACCGACCAGCUCCGACGACCCGAACUUGCACAAAUUCGCCGAGCAACGGGAGGGAAACGUGUUCAUGAUCGACACAAUUUUGAGCAUGCUGAUGACGAUGCAUCGCUCCCUCUAUUCGUGGGAUCUCAUCAUCACCAAAAAAGACGGUCAACUUUGGCUCGAUAAGAGUUCGUCGCGCUUCGACUCCAUAUCCGUCAACGAGAACGCGUCUGACUUGCCCGACACGAGCGAGCUGGAAGCGCUCAAUGCGCCCGCGAAGCUGUCCCAAGAGGCCAUGUUCGUCCAAAACAACUUCUCUCAACAGGUCUUGAUUGACCAAAAACUCCAUAAAUUCCAAUACACGAGUCCUUAUUCGAGCGAGGCCAACACCACGCACAUCGCUCCGGUCGGCUACCGAUACCUGCGCAUGCCGAUCUCGCCCGAACUCGCGCUCGUGGUUCGAGCGGAGUUCGACGCCGUCAUGCCGAGUCACUCCGGGGGCCUCUCGACGCUCCUUGUCCGCACUCUCAAUGAGUACGACGUCAAAAUCACGGGCGAUUGGCGCAAAAAACUCGAGAACCAACCGGGGUGCGUCCUUGCCACGGAGUUGAAGAACAAUAUGUUCAAGAUUCAGCGGUGGAUUAUUCAGACCCUCAUCGCGGGCUGCGAGCGCGUCGUCCUCGGGUUCAUAUCGCGCCAGAAGCCCAAAGAUACCACCAACCAUUCCAUCCUGGCCAUAGAGACCUACAAGCCCAAAGAAAUCAUCCACCAAAUGAACAUGAACCUGGACCACAUGUGGGCCGUCCUUUGCCACAUCUUGCAGUGCAUCUGGAAGCACCCGGACGGCAAGUACCUGCUCUUCAAGGAGCCGUCUGCCUCGUGCGUCAAACUUUACAAGAUCACCGCUUCCUCGUCUGCUGAUUCUCGCGAGGCGCAAAACGCGUCGCCGGCUCCCUCGCCGUCGCCUCAAGCCUAGUGUACUUAAUAAUAUAGAUAGCCUUUGUUGGCUCGACGCGGGACGGCGGGCUUCGCCAUCGCCGUGUCCGCGUUUUCUUCCGCCUUCCUCGGCUUCGCGACCGUA